UUAUUAAAUCGAUCGCCAACCACAAAAAUAGACUCACUCUAUACCAAUUGCAACAAAUUUGGGGUUAAAUUGUUCUUUUAUUACUCCCCUUGGGGUUAAAUAUGUGUUUUUUUUUUUACACCUUUUUGUGAUAGAUUUAGCGGCCGGAAUCAAGAAAGAUAUGAAAGACUUCAAGGACCUGCUUGGUUGGGUGAUAGAAGCUAACUCAGCUUAUACGUAUAACCCGAUGGCCCAACUCCCUUUUUGGCCACCAACUGAUGUUCAUGGAUUUGGGGAACGUGUUACUAAGCUUAUCCAUGAAAUGGAUCUUGAGACAUUGAGGCGAAAAGCUUAUUUCAUAUAUAAUCAUCCAGUCUUCAACAACGUGGUGGAAAAUUAUACACUUCUUCAAAAGAUUUAUUCGAUCAAGAUACAGAGCCGAAACAAGUUUGAUAAAGAAGUGACUUUGAUAGAGUUUACAGACUGACAUACACAUAUGCAGUAUGGUAGUUACUUUUGGAAUGAUAUGAAACAAAAUUUGCCAACUUAUGAGCGUAAUCCUACUUACCUUCUUGAUUUUCACAUCAAUGCCGUGAAACAUUACAAGGCAAAUGUAAGUAGAAGUUUAAUUUGAACAGUGAAAGCAAGGUCGGAAGUAUAUUAUUUAUUGACUUAAAAAUGUAACAAUUU